AUGAAUGAAGAAGAUAUCGUUUAUCAAGACGACGAAGAAUAUUACGACGAAACUGGAAUUUACGAUGGUUACGAAGAAGGAGGAACUGAGUACAUAGAAGUGGAUGGGAGACUCGUCCCACACAACGAGGUAGAUUUUGACGUUUGUGCGAUUUUCUUAUUGUUUUGUCAGUUUUUCCAGACCGACCGAGCUCAACCAGGGUCUAGUCUGGCUCAUCAACUCAGUCAGAUCGGCGAGGUUCGUUUCUGUUUGAGAUAAGAUCCCAAACCUCUUAUUUUCCAGUCGAACAUAAAAAGGGAGCCACUUGAGAGCCCGCCUCAAUCGCACCGUAUCUACAUUCCUCCUACACAACGAUCAGCUCAAAGAAAAGUAAGUUUAGAUGUUCACAAUUUAUGAUAAUCCUUUUGGCAAGCUUUUUCAGCCAGGCCCCAGCUCGAUAGGAAUCUCUCAAUUCGAUUCUCAGAAGAACGCUCCGCCUAUCUACUACAACAGAACUGUCACAAAAGCUGGUUAGUUUGUUUCGAUCGAAAGUAGUUGAUUCAACCUUCUUUUUUAAGUUCGAAAACCUGCAGGCGCUGAAGUGUUGGGUACUGAGCAACGAAAAGCAUUUAUUGAAAUGAAGGAACAAGUCAAUCAAGUUCGUAUGAAGACAAAAAAGUGGGAUUACUAUUUUUAUUUAUCUUUCUAAUGGUUUUAAUUUCCGCAUUAGGAAAGUUUAUGCACCUGGACAACGGAAGCCAUGCAACUGCACCAAGUCACAGUGUCUGAAACUGUAUUGCGACUGUUUCGCCAACGGAGAAUUCUGUCGGGACUGCAAUUGCAAGGAUUGUCACAACAACAUAAACUACGAUAGUCAACGAACAAAAGCCAUUCGUCAGUCAUUAGAGCGAAAUCCGAACGCAUUCAAACCGAAGAUCGGAAUUGCGCGCGGAGGAACAGCCGACAUUGAGCGUCUUCAUCAGAAGGGAUGUCACUGCAAAAAGAGUGGAUGCCUGAAGAACUACUGCGAAUGCUAUGAAGCGAAGGUUCCGUGCACUGAACGAUGCAAGUGUAAGGGGUGCCAGAACACCGAAUCGUACCGACUCAACCGGUACAAGAACGGAGGAUCUUCUGGACCUAGCACGAGUGCUCUCAUGUCUCUCACGCACGGCGCUUCAAGCACCGCUACUCCGGACUCUGGGCCAGGAAGUGUGAUAACCGAUGAUAUGGGUGACGACUACGACGAUCUCCUGCCACAGAAACAGAAAAUUGAGAUGGAUCCGAGACGCUUUCCCUGGUACUAUAUGACUGACGAGGUUGUGGAAGCGGCCACUAUGUGCAUGGUGGCUCAAGCAGAAGAAGCGGUUCGUUCCGGUGAUUCAGGACGUAAAAGCGACGAACAUUUUCAGCUCACUUCUAAUUCGCACGAGAAAGGACAGACUGAAGAGGAGAAGAUCAUGCACAUGGAGCGUCUAGUGCUCCGCGAGUUCGGCCGAUGUCUUGAGCAAAUGAUAACGAACACAAACGAGGCGACGAUGGGCCUGAACGCAGAGAACUCUUCUGAUCAAGUUCCCGGUCCAUCCACUAGCACUUCGUGA